CGCACGCACGAGGAGACAGUCGGGGGCGGCGCGAGGCUGCGGGAUCGCGAGGCGCAGUUACAGUGACAGUCACACCGCACCUGCUGCUCCGUCCACAGCAUCGCCGCCGCCGUCCUGCUGAGGGGUUUGGAACUGAAUUCAGGAGGUGCGUUUCUGCUGAACACUUCUGAAGGACAGGAGAACGUAGAGGAACUGCUCAGUGUGAGACGCCGCAUGAGCGAAGAGCCUUUUUGACUGCGGAGUGAAGCGGGACGUAGCCUUCAGCCCGUGGAAGCUGCCGGAGCCCCUCGCCGACAUGCCAGCGAUGGAGGGCAGCAGGAAACGCGAGCUGUGCAGGGGGGUCCUGUUCGCGCUGCUCUGGGGUCACAUGAUCACUGCGCUGGAAGUGCCUCUUGACCCUAAAAUUCUGGGAGAAUUGGCCCAGCCGCCCACCAUAACGCACCAGUCUCCGAAGAACUACAUCAUAGAUCCUCGGGAAAACAUCGUCCUUCAGUGCGAGGCUAAAGGAAAGCCUCACCCCAGCUUUUCCUGGACCAGAAACGGGACACAUUUCGACAUCGACAAGGACCCCAAGGUGACGAUGAGGCCCCGAUCGGGGACACUGGUCAUCGACAUCAGCGGGGAGAAGGCUGAGGCUUACGAGGGCGUCUACCAGUGCAUGGCCCGCAACGAGCACGGGACCGCCAUCUCCAACAACAUCGUCAUCCGCCAGUCCCGGUCCCCCUUGUGGUCAAAGGAGAACAUUGCGCCGAUCGUAGUGCAGGAGGGAGUGUCUCUGGUCCUUCGGUGUCGGCCUCCUGCAGGCCUUCCUCCGCCCGUCAUCUUCUGGAUGGACAACAAUUUCCAGAAGCUUCCCCAGGACGGCCGCGUCUCCCAGGCCAUGAAUGGGGACCUGUACUUUGCCAACGUGCGGAGGCAGGACUCGCGCAACGACUACAUCUGCUACGCGCGCUUCCCCCACACGCAGACCAUACAGCAGAAGCAGCCAGUCACAGUGAGGGUGCUGAACAUGGAUGCAAUCAAUGAGACAAUGGCACCAUUUUUCAAUGACACUGAUUUUUUUGGUGACAGUCCUGCUGGUGAGCGCCCCCCAACCUUCCUCUUACCCCCCGGGGCCUCCACCAGCAAGGUGGUGCUGAGAGGAGAAGUUCUGGAACUGGAGUGUAUUGCUGAAGGCUUGCCGACGCCCAGGAUCUCAUGGCACCGGGAGAGUGGGUCCUUCAACAACAAGAGGACCUCCUUCAAGAACUUCCACAAAACCCUGAAGAUCGUGGACAUCACGGAGGGCGACGCUGGGGAUUACCGCUGCCAGGCUGAGAACUCCCUGGGCACUCUGGAGCACGUCAUCACUGUCACUGUCAAAGCUGCCCCCUACUGGAUCAAAGCCCCCAAGAACCUCAUUCUAUCUCCCAAAGAGACUGGCGCCCUCAGCUGCCAAGCUGGGGGCGAUCCCAAGCCUGAGAUCACUUGGUUAAUGAAUGGGAUUCCAAUAGAGAAUUCUCAUGUGGACCCCAGCAGGAAGCUGGAGGGUGACAGAAUCACCUUUACGGACAUUCAGGUGGGAUCCAGUGCAGUUUACCAGUGCAACGCCUCCAAUGAAUACGGCUACCUGCUGGCCAACUCAUUGGUCAACGUGCUUGCUGAGCCGCCGCGGGUGCUCACGCCACCAAACAAGCUCUACCAGGUCAUCGCCGGCGCACGUGCGCUUCUGGACUGCGCCGUUUUCGGAUCCCCGAUACCUGUGAUCACAUGGUUCAAGGACGGCCAUGUUAGCGUCACUGCAGGAGACCAGCACAGUAUAUAUGAGAACGGGACCCUAGAGCUGCAAGCGGCUCACAGCUCCCACAGCGGCAGGUACACCUGCAUCGCAGUCAACGUCCUGGGCAGCAGGGAGAACCAGGUGUUCCUGGAGGUCAAAGAACCCACCAGAAUUUUAAAGCACCCUGAGCUCAAGGUGGUCCAGAGGAGCCGAGCGGUGAUGUUUGAGUGCAAGGUGACGCACGACCCCACCCUCACACCCACCACGACAUGGCUGAAGGAUGAUGGGGGUUUGCCGGAUGACGAGAGGUUCGUAAUCGGUCCUGAGAGCCUGACCAUCCAAGACGUGACCGAGGCUGAUGAGGGCAGCUACACCUGCAUUGUGAACACCACGCUGGACCAGGACUCCACCGUCACCAGGCUGACCGUCGUCGAGGACACACCGCCCCCGCUUCUCGUCUAUGAGCAACCAGACCCACCCAUGGACUUGGAACUGACAGACCAGAAGAAGCGGAGCAUCCAGCUCACCUGGAUCCCUGGAGAUGAUCAUAACAGCCCUAUUAAGAAAUUUGUCGUUCAGUACGAGGAUGCACUUCAUCACCCCGGUGUCUGGAAAAAUCUGACCGAAGUCCCAGGAAGCAAAACCACAGCCCACCUGAAGCUCUCCCCUUACGUCCACUACACGUUCAGGGUGCUGGCUGCCAAUGCGGUGGGCUUCAGCCCGCCCAGCCUGCCAUCGCAGCAGUACAGAACUGACCCUGCAGCUCCUGAUGAAAACCCUUCAAUGGUCGAAGCAGCUGGAGCUGAGCAUAAUAAUCUAGUGAUAUCAUGGAAGCCCUUGACAAACUUGCAGUCCAAUGGGCCGGGUCUCCAGUACAAGGUCAGCUGGAUGCAGCAGGACGUCGACAAGGACUGGACGUCGGUGACAGUGGCUAACGUGUCCAAGUUCGUAGUGUCCGGGACGCCCACGUUCGUCCCGUACGAGGUGAAGGUGCAAGCCGUGAACGACUAUGGAAGCGCUCCAGAGCCAGAGGUGGUGCUGGGCUACUCCGGAGAGGACUUGCCCUUGGCGGCUCCGGGCCGGAUCCAGGCCGCGGUGCAAAACAGCUCACUGGCCGAAGUCCACUGGGAAGCCGUAUCAUCGCAGAUGGUCCGAGGUCGACUCAAGGGCUAUAAGGUCUACUACUGGAAGGAGAGGAGCCUUCUGGAGCACACCCCACAACACGAGGAGCAGCGUAUCCUCACCUUCAAUGGCAACAGGACGCAUGGCAAGCUGCCCGGCCUGCACCCGUUCAGCCUCUACACUUUCAACGUCAGGGUGCUCAACGGCAAGGGCGAAGGUCCCGCCAGCCCCAGUCAGCAGUUUGAGACCCCCGAAGGAGUCCCUGGGCCUCUGGCGUUCCUGAGGUUCACAAACAUCAACCUGGACUCCUUGACUCUGGAGUGGAGUCCCCCUUUGCAGAGGAACGGACACUUGCUUGGCUACACUCUCAAGUACCAGACAAUCAACAACACCAGCGAGCUGGGCCCACUGGUGGAGGUCUCCCUCCCAGCCAACGAGACAAACUUCACACUGCAGAACCUGAAAUACAGCACACGCUACAAGUUUUACAUCAAUGCCAGAACCAAGCAGGGUGCCGGGCCUGCCAUCACGGAUGAGGCCGUCACUGUCAUGGAUGAAGCCUUCAUCCACCAGCCCUCUUUAGAUGUAGGCCCAGGGAACACAGAGUCCCCCCACGUCACACCCCCAUUUACGCAGUCUCUGCGUCCACCGCUCCAAACGGCGCGUCCCGUGGGUCCAGCUUUCAGCAACUUUAGCGCCUCUGUGAGGGAGGAUGGGGCUGUUGUCAGCUGGGAGUUCCUGGGAGCAGAUAAGAACCUUUUUGUCGAAUAUAUGAUCGAAAACAGUAAUGAAGACUGGACAAGAGAGGUGGUAAACGGCUCUCAGACAUACACUAUUAAGGGCUUAAAGCCAGGGACGUCGUACCGAGUGCGCGUUGUGGCUAAAGACCACUCUGACCAGGUGGCCGGCAGCACGGAGGAGCUGCGGGUUAGCGUGCCAGCCAUGGCCAGCCGUCAAGUGGACAUCGCCACGCAAGGCUGGUUCAUCGGUCUCAUGUGUGCCAUCGCGCUCCUCAUCCUCGUGCUCCUCAUCGUUUGCUUCAUCAAGAGGAACAAAGGGGGAAAGUAUCCAGUGAAAGAGAAGGAAGACGCGCAUGCCGACCCAGAGAUUCAGCCAAUGAAGGACGAUGACGGGACGUUUGGGGAGUACAGUUGUGCUUGAACUCGACCAGCCAGACUUUUGCUCCAGUGGAACUUUUGCCGACCCUCUCCAGUUGAAAGCACAAGCAGGCGGGAUGGGUGGGACGGGCCGGCCUCGCUCACCGCGUUCUCUUAAUGGACCAGCAGGGGGAGCCGCGCCGUCGCCACUUCUGGGAAGAUGCUCCUCCCCGUGUUUCUGUUUCAUUCCUCUGUGAAGCCCAGCGAGCCAAAACUGUCCCUCGUGCUGAGCAGCCAGCCUAGAUAAUGAUUAAUGCAUAGAGUGCACACUCCUGUAUACGUGGAUGUUCUAAUUAGUGGUGCAGAACUGAAAGCACCUGCCAGGAUAACCAGCUCCCUGCUUCCGCAUAGCUGCCUCUCCUCCUUCUCCUCACCUAAAAGCACUUUAUUUCUGUUAAACUUGAGAAUUUCCUGUUUUUUUUUAAUGUGUCACCUUUUGAAAGCUGUGUGUGCAGUUUGGUGAUUGUCCCUUUGAUAUCUUUCAGUAUGCUGUGUAGUUGAAUGACACCCCAAGCUCCUUCGCUGUGUAGUGCAUGGCUAGAGACGUAAACGCAACUUUCUGUGACGGUACCGCUAGCGAGUGUAAGGUCUGUAGGGAUCUGCAUGUGCGUAACCUGGCAUAACCGACACACAUAUUACAAAUGCAGCAGUCUUUGGGUUCACAUUGUUUUUGUAAUAUACAGGGAAUUUAGCCUCAGUCCCCUAAGCAGUGAUCUGAGCAGAAGGCACACUAUCUCACUUCAUGGUAGCGAUUAAGAAACACGUUUUAACUAAGCAUCAUAUUAUAUUUAUAUAGUGUUAGUUUGUUCUUGUCCGCUUUCGUCUGAAGUCCAUGCUUGGCAGAAUAGAAGCACACUUUUUUUAUAUCUUUUUAUUUAUUAUUAUUUAAAUGAGCGAAGUGAUUUUAUGUAUUUAAAUCCCCUUGACUGCUUACUUUCCCUCCGAAUCGUUAUUUAUUAACACCAUCAUUUCCCCUGGAAACAGGAAUUCCAACUGCUUUCCAGCCAGCUGGUGUAGGGAUGCCGUAUUUGGAAAUGGACGUGUGCGUUCACGUGCAGAAUUCUGUUCUGGUUUCUGCUGGUGGAUCUGUAAUGAUAAUGGAAGUUACUGGAAAUGGAUAGUAUGUAAGUGGCAGAAGCUGUGUGGUGAGUCUCAUGUUGGGCAUCAGCUCAGCCCAAACCACACGCCCAUGUCAUCAGCCCGCUUUUCAUGCCAGCCCCAAGUCUCAUCCGGCCAGGGUGUAGAAAUUUCCGGACUGUUGGGGCUGAACAGGUCGCGGUCGUCUUACCCUAAGAUGAACUCGUAGGCGAAGUCUCAUUUGUUGCUGCAGGAGAGAAGGGCCCUUGGAAGGUAAAAAGGAAUCUGUUAGGUGGCAAGUAUUUCUCCGCCUCCUCGCUGCCCCACCAUGGCGGGGGGGGGGGGGGGGCGGCUUCGUCCCCCAAUAUCUCUGCUGCUCAGAGAAGCCGGCGUCACGAUCAAGGGAUCUGCUGGUGCCCAUUGUUCAUUUACCGCCAUCAACCAUCAGCAUCCUGGAUCUGCGGCCAGUGGGCUGUAUGCAAGGCCGCCCCCAUCAUACUGCCUGUCCUCACGCUUCUCUCCAUCUGCCUGUUCGAUUCGCACCAUGGUCUCGGUCCUGUUGUUUUCAUCGUCACCCGAGUGUGGAGGGAGGGCCGCUUCCCGGGAACCCAGCGACAUCCUGAAUUCCUGGCUCCCUCCCACUCCAUGCUUUGCCUUAGAGGGGGGUCUGGGCAUGCUCGGAGCACGACUCCCAUGCCCGGGUGAGGGUGGGGUCAUCCCAGGUUCAACAGGAUCUAUUUAUCAACUCUGAUUCAACGAAAACACAGAAGUGAGACAGUGAAAGUAGGUGCGUUUCCCUAAGGGAACUGCCAGUGCACGACUUAGAUGGCUUGUAAGUCACAUAUAAGAUAUUUUAAUGUAAUUAUGAUGAUGUCGUGCAAGUAAUGAAAAUGGGAACGAUUAGUUAGGGAAUUUGUUGAUGACAGAAUCUAAUCCUGGAUCAGUUGCUUCACUGGAAAGACACCCUCUAAUUCAAGUUAUUGCCACGGAAGUCGUGUCGUCUGACGUCUUUAUGAGGGAAGAACAUGUGUACGUGUGUAUGUUAUGCUUAAUUAGCAUGUGUUUUUUUUUGUGUUUGACAUUUUUUCUCCAUCACAGAAAGCAAACUAAUCCCUUAGGACAUGUCACCCUUCCUGUCACCUGUAACCCCUGCAUGUUAUUUUCUCCUAGUGACACUGAGGACCAUAAACCGUUAAAAGGAAGCCUCACCCCUCCCAAUGGGACAAUAAGGAAGGAGGACAGUGAUGACAGUUUAGUUGACUACGGGGAAGGCGGAGACGGACAGUUCAACGAAGACGGCUCAUUUAUCGGAC